AUGACAAAGUCACCCUUCACAGGUACUUGUGAUAGGGGUGAAGGUUUGUUGGACCUUGUACACACGGAUGUGUGUGGGCCCUUCAGAGUUGCUACAAGGGAUGCUAAUCGCUAUUAUGUGACUUUUACUGAUGAUUACAGUAGAUAUGGAUAUAUUUACUUAAUCAAGCAUAAGUCAGAAACCUUUGAAAAGUUCAAAGAGUUUAAGCAGGAAGUGGAGAAUCAAUUGGGCAGGAACAUCAAGAUGCUCCGAUCCGAUCGAGGAGGAGAGUAUCUUAGCAUUGAGUUCCUUGACUAUCUUAAGGAAUGUGGGAUUGUCUCACAAUUGACACCUCCCAGAACACCACAGUUGAAUGGUGUAGCUGAGAGGCGCAAUCGAACCUUGUUGGAUAUGGUUCGUUCCAUGAUGAGUCGAGCUUCGUUACCAAUCUCUUUCUGGGGGUAUGCCUUAGAGACUGCCGCCCAUAUCCUUAAUCUAGUCCCUACUAAAAAGGUUGCCAAAACACCUCACGAGAUGUGGACUGGGAAAGUUCCCAAUUUGGACCACAUCAAGAUUUGGGGUUGUGAAGCUUUCGUGAGGCGUGAGACUCAUGAUAAGCUUGAACCUCGAAGUGAGAGGUGUAUUUUCAUCGGCUACCCACAGAGAUCCUUUGGUUACCUCUUCUACAGACCCAGUGAUAAUGUGGUUUUUGUAGCAAGAAGAGGAGUCUUUCGUGAGAGAGAAUUCAUAAGCCAAGGGGACAGUGGGAGGCAAAUUGACCUUGAAGAGCUUCAAGAGUCAAGUGGUGAAGGAACCUCAAAUGCUAUCGACCAACCUCCUGUUGAUCCGAUAGAUGAGUCUGUACCUCCAAGACGUUCCACUAGGGUGAGGAACACACCUGAUUUUUAUUAUGGUUAUCACAUCACCACUGAAGGUGAUACAUUUAUUAGUGAUAGUACACUAAUAGAUUUGGAUGAACCUAAUAACUACAGGGAAGCCAUGGCAGGCCCUGAGUCUGCUAAAUGGAAGGAGGCUAUGGACAGUGAGAUUCAGUCCAUGUAUGACAAUCAAGUUUGGAACUUGGUUGACAAUGUACCAGGUCGUAAGACAGUUGGGUGCAAAUGGAUCUUCAAGAAGAAGACCGACAUGGAUGGGAAGGUACACACUUAUAAAGCGCGACUGGUUGCGAAGGGCUUUACUCAAACUCCGGGAGUUGACUAUGAUGAGACCUUCUCACCAGUAGCUAAGAUUAAGUCUAUUAGAGUAUUGUUAGCCAUAGCUGCAUUUCAUGAUUAUGAAAUAUGGCAAAUGGAUGUCAAAACCGCUUUCCUUAAUGGAAAGUUGGCUGAGGAUGUUUACAUGGCUCAACCAGAGGGUUUUGUCGAUACAAGAUACCCUAAUAGAGUGUGUAAGCUUGAUAAAUCCAUUUAUGGAUUGAAACAAGCAUCUCGCAGAUGGAAUCUUUGCUUUGAUGAGAAAGUCAAAGAGUUUGGCUUUUCUAGGAGUGAGGAUGAGUCUUGUGUGUAUGUCAGGGCUAGUGGGAGCAUAGUUAGCUUCUUGGUGUUGUAUGUGGAUGACAUACUUCUCAUAGGAAACGACGUCCCAACCUUGCAGGAGGUUAAGUCCUGGCUUGGGAAGUGUUUCGCUAUGAAGGACCUUGGAGAAGCUGCCUAUAUCCUAGGGAUAAGGAUAUUGAGAGAUAGGAGUAAGAGACUAAUUGGACUUAGUCAAAGUACUUAUGUGGAUAAGGUACUGAAGAGGUUCAGUAUGCAAGAUUCCAAGAAAGGAGAAUUACCAAUCCAGAGUAAUGCCAAGCUGAGUAAGACUCAGAGUCCGAGUACAGAGGCUGAGAUAGCUGAAAUGAGUCAUAUACCAUAUGCUUCCGCUGUGGGCUCGAUCAUGUAUGCUAUGACUUGUACUCGCCCUGAUGUGGCCUUUGCUUUGAGCAUGGUCAGUAGAUAUCAAGGGAACCCUGGCAAGGCACACUGGACAGCGGUAAAGAACAUUCUCAAGUAUCUGCGGAGGACUAAGGAUUGGGUCCUUACCCUCGGAGGCAGUGAUGACUUGAGAGUGGAAGGAUAUAGCGAUGCUAGCUUCCAGACUGAUAGGGAUAAUUUCCGCUCUCAGUCAGGCUGGGUCUUUAUCCUAAAUGGAGGGGCAAUUACUUGGAAAAGUUCCAAGCAGGAGACAGUAGCUGAUUCUACUUGUGAAUCAGAGUACAUAGCAGCAAGUGAAGCAGCUAAGGAGGCGAUAUGGCUAAAGAACUUCAUCGGAGACCUUGGAGUUGUACCAGCUAUAAAGGAGCCAAUGGAAAUUUUUUGUGACAAUGAAAGUGCGGUUGCUUUGGCUAAGGAACCAAGAGAUCACGGGAGAUCUAGGCACAUUGACAGAAAAUACCAUUUCAUCAGACAUCGAAUAGAAGAAGGACUCCUCGUGGCUAAGAGGGUAUCAUCAAAUGAGAACCCGACAGAUCCCCUCACGAAGGGACUGAGCAGGGUUAAGCAUUUACAGCAUGCGAGGCGCAUUGGGCUGAGGGAUGAUAUUAGUUUCAAUAAUUAG